UUUAUAAAAAUGUACUGUCUGUGUAUAAGUUUAGUUUUAAUAUCAACAGUGAUGUAUACUAACGCUGCUGUUGCGUUGUAUAAGGCACAAGAGAAGCCGACAGAAUUUGCAAACGAGGAGGGGUGCUACCUAGAACACUUGAAUAAAGUGAUACCAUAUGGCGAUUACUACCCGGAGAAGUCGUGUUAUAAGUACACGUGUGAUACGGAUAAUAUUACGCAGACGUUCUCAUGCGGCGUAGUGGAAGUAGACAAAAGAUGUGCACUCGUCAGCAACGAAGAGGCGGACUACCCUGAUUUCUGUCCAACUGAGAUAUGCGGCACCAUUUCACCUGAGCAUUUAACUGAAGAAAACGAAACUAAACCAGUGUUCGAAGAAUCCAGUGAAGAAGGAAGAAGAAUCCUGUGAAAGAACUAAAUCACC